AGAACCUUCAUUUGCAGAAUGCUUCGUCUCGCCCUUGUCCUCUCCGUCUUCAUCGUCUCUACCUCCGGAUUCCUGUUCCCAAUGGCCGGAGGAGGAGGUGGAGGUGGUGGAUGUGCUCCAGCAGCACCAGCCUGUGCUCCACCACCUCCACCAAUGUGCGGAUGUGCACCUCCUCCACCACCACCGCCACCACCACCAAUGUGUGGAUGUGGAUGCGGAAGAAAGAAGAGAUCAGUCGACGAUGUUGAGGGAGUUAUCAAUAUGGAUAGUGACGUAGAGUGCAACAACGAAGAAUUGAGAGAAGUUUUGGAAAAUAACAUGAAAUCCACCCCUUCGGACUCGCUUGUCUCAGUCCGAUCUAAUCUUCCAACUGAUCAGUACUUUGUAACAUGCACCCACGGACUCACAGCCUACUCGGCUCCAGCUGGAACUAAAAGUUGUGCGGUUCGCAAGGAAAGUCACUUCUGUCAAAUCUUCUCAUUGACUAACAAUUCAUCGAAUCUUUAAUACUCUGGUUCCAACAAAACUAUUUAUUUUUGACUGUAAAAGAUGUGCCUUAAAAUUGAAAUGCAAUAAAUUGUUCAUGUAUCUUU